AUGGAGACACUGGGAGAAAGCGACCUCUGUUUCCCACACCUCUUUAAUGCUUCUUGUAAAAAGCUCAUGCGCUCUCACUUUGAAACUUCGCUUAUUUACUUUGUGCUGUCUGCUAUCUCUGUGGUCACCACUGCUCUCAACCUGCUGGUUAUCAUCUCUAUCUCCCACUACAAGCAGCUUCAAACCCCCACCAACUUCCUCCUCCUCUCUCUGGCUGUCUCGGAUUUCUUCGUGGGUCUGCUCAUGUCCUUUCAGAUUGUCCUCAUAGACGGAUGCUGGUAUCUCGGUGACAUCAUGUGUAUUGUAUAUCGUGUUUUAGACUAUAUUAUCACAUCUGCCUCCAUAGGAACAAUGAUCCUCAUAUCAGUUGACCGUUAUGUGGCCAUAUGUGACCCUCUGCAUUACCCGACUAAAGUCACCCCUAAAAGAGUUCAGAUCUGUAACUGUCUGUGUUGGCUCGGUUCUGCGCUUUGUCACACUAUGUUGAUGAAGCAUAACAUGGAAGAACCGGGCCGAUAUAACACCUGCACCGGGCAAUGUGUGACCGUUAUUGAUUACGCUGGAGGACUUAUUGAUCUAAUUGUGUCUUUUGUUAGUCCUCUCACUUUUAUUCUAAUUCUGUACAUGAGGGUGUUUGUGGUUGUUGUGUCUCAGGCCCGUGCCAUGCGAUCACACGUUGCAUCUUCCACAGCUCAAGGGGGUGUUACAGUUAAGAAAUCAGAGAUGAAGGCCGCCAGGGUUCUUGGUGUGGUUAUUAUUGCGUUUCUAUCAUGUCUCUGCCCAUACUUUUUAGUCACCACUACAGGCCAGGACACUUUGUUCAAUUCUGCGUCAGAAGCUUUAGCGAUCUGCCUUUUCUAUUUUAACUCCUGUCUAAACCCUCUGAUCUAUGCAUGUUUUUACCCCUGGUUUAGAAAAUGUCUGAGACUCAUUUUUACACUUCAGAUUCUGCAGCCUGGCUCCAAUCAGAUGAAUGUAAUGUAA